AUGUUUGACUGCUUUCGUCUUGUCUCCGGUUCUUAUGGGGCUGUUUUGUAUGUUUGUUGAGCUGCGUUCUGCCACGCAUUCCGUUGGUAUUUUACCAUUAAUACUUGUCUACUUAACGGUAAAUUACAGACAUUAAACGCACGCACACAGGGACAAAAGCGGAAUAAGGCUACGAGUGCUUUCUAUUCGAAGAGUAUGAUCCGUAUCGACAUAAUCAAGUAA